AUGUCGGGCGGACAUUUGUCCAAGGAGUUCUUUGAGCUUGUCAAGUCGAUCGGUGAGAGCAAAUCAAAGCAGGAAGAAGAUCGCAUUAUUCUUCAUGAGGUCGCGCAACUGAAGCGAAAAUUGAGCGACGUGACGGCCUCGUCCAGCACGUCUAGUAACCUCGUAAAUAAACGCAAACGGGAGUUCCUUAUUCGUCUCAUGUACGUGGAAAUGCUGGGCCAUGACGCUUCCUUUGGCUAUAUCAAGGCUGUCGAGAUGACAGCUAGUACAAACCUUAUGCAAAAACGAGUGGGUUAUCUCACGUGUAGUUUGUGUCUGUCUCCGACGCACGAGUUCCGAUUUAUGAUCAUUAAUCAAUUACAAAGAGAUUUACAAAGUUCCAACCACCUGGAAGUUUGUUCUGCUCUAAUGGCAGUUUGUAAGCUAGUGACAGUGGAAAUGAUACCAGCAGUGCAGCCCAUGAUCCUUGAUCUCCUACGUCAUGAUGCUGAGCUUGUCCGGAAGAAAGCAGUGAUGGCUAUUCACCGCUUUCAUCAGCUCAAUCCAGACUCAGUCACUGAGGUCGGAGGUGCUCUGCGUCGUACAUUGUGUGAUCGUGACCCUAGUGUCAUGGGAACGACGCUCUGUAUUCUCCAUGAUCUUGCCGAGGCUACUCCUACGAACUACAAGGACCUCGUGCCCAGUUUCGUUAGUAUCCUCAAGCAGAUUACAGAGCAUCGUUUGCCUCGUGAGUUUGACUACCACCGCAUUCCAGCACCAUGGAUUCAGAUCCGUCUUUUAAAGAUCUUGGCACUGCUAGGCCAGGCUGAUCAACAGACCAGUGAGGGCAUGUACGAGGUGCUGCACGAUGUGAUGCGUCGCGCGGAUACCGGCAUCAAUGUGGGAUACGCUAUCAUCUACGAAUGUGUGCAAACUGUGACAACUAUCUACCCGAACAGUACGCUGCUGGAUGCUGCAGCAGCUAGCAUUUCCCGUUUCAUUUCAAGUGACAACCAUAACUUGAAAUACUUAGGUGUUACGGGACUUGCUGCCAUCGUAAAGGACCACCCACGGUACGCUGCAGCACACCAAAUGGCUGUUAUUGAUUGCCUUGAGGAUCCAGAUGAAACACUGAAGCGAAAGACGCUGGAUUUGCUGUAUCGUAUGACGAACCCGGUGAACGUUGAGUUCAUUUCGGAUAAGCUCACCCAGUUCCUUCGUGAAGCUUCAGAUGUUUUUCUCCGGACGGAACUGGUCUCGCGUAUUACGCAAUGUGCUGAACGCUAUGCACCAAGCAAUGCUUGGUACAUCCAAACCAUGACAAAUGUAUUCGAGUUGGGCGGCGACCUUGUUCGCCCUGAGGUGGCGCACAAUUUGCUGCGUUUAAUUGCUGAGGGAAGCGGUGAAGACGAGGAUCAGGACAUGGAGCUGCGUCGCGAUGCAGUAAACAUUUAUCUUGAACUGCUGGAACGUCCAGUACUGCCCGAUAUUCUGGUCUGCACCAUGGCUUGGGUCCUUGGUGAAUACGGCUAUCUGUCUGAUGCUAUGGAACUGGAGGAGAUUUGCGAGCGCCUUGUGGAGCUUGUCGAUCGCCCAUUCGACCAGGAAGACACUACGCGUGGUUACGUACUUUCGGCUGUCACGAAGAUUACCGCUCAAAUGGGACAUACUCUUGAUGUGGCUGAUGCAAUGAUGAACAAGUACAAGACUAGCCGCAGUACGGACCUUCAGCAGCGCUGCUUUGAGUACCUCGCACUAACUAAAAACUUCUCUUUAAUGAACGAGGUCUUCCCGGAAGACGCAAGCUGCGAAGACAUCGAGGUAGAUCCCAAUCUCUCUUUCCUCAAGAGCUUCGUUGAAAAAGCCGUUGCUCAAGGAGCACCCCCUUAUGAUCCGCCAGAGGACUCGGAUGAUGAAGAUGAGGGGUACGGCCGCCGUCACAACGACAGCGACUCGAACCGCCUAAAUUUUGAGGCCUACAAGAAACCUGAAAUCCCAUACCCAACUAAGCUUCCUCUUGCAGACCAGCAGAACUCCUUCGGGGUUAACAAGUGGGGUGGCAAUAUUGGUCAUGCCGGUAUGCCUGGAUUGGGCAGUUCUGGUGGCCCAGAUUCCAUUGCGGGCAUUGGUGUUGCCAAACGCGGAGUGGCCAAGAACGUAUGGGGUCCAACGGGUCUUAGCACGCCCGACAACACCACACCAGUCGCACCUGCAGUUGGUGCCCCUGGAGUUGGCUAUCCGCCCGACCCGUACAACCAGGGCGGCCAGGGUCCCUAUGGUGGACAAGCUGGACAACCUAGCUAUGGUGCUCAGCCUACCUAUAGCGGCCAGGGAUCAUAUGGAGCUCAGCCUCCCCAGCAAGCGCUGCAGCAAGAGUACGGCAGCUCUAACAACUACAAUAGCGGCGAGGUCUCGAGUGAAGACGAAGCCACAGGCAACGUUGACGAGCGACAGAUUUUGGCUUCCGCCAUCUUUGGUGGUAUCCCCGGUGCUCCCGCCCUGAUGCCCGGAGGCCGACGUGGUGGAACAAACGUCCGCUCAACUCUUACUUCUGGCCGCCGUACUGGCCGACCUUCAACGCGUCGCACAACGAGCCGAAGCGACCAACAGCAGCCUCCUGCAGCCCAAGCGCCUAUGGAGCAAGCUCCGCCUCCGCAACAGCAGCAACCAAAAGUUGAAAUGGACCUGCUCGAUAUUUCAUUUGAUACGCCUGCAGCCCCACAGAACCCUGGUAUGUUUCAGCAGCCACCGCCACAGCAGCAGCAGCCGAUGGUGCACGCAGAUCCCUUUGGAAUGGGCCCAUCGCUGGGGCCAGCAACUUUUCCUGAAGCUAGUCCCCCAGCUCCUUCUAUAGAUCCCUUCGACAUGUCGGGUCUCGGCUCCAGCAUGAAUGUUGCUGCUGAGCUUGGAAAAAGCCCUGCGAAUAGUUUGAAUAUGCUGGGCGGUAGCAGCAGCAGCAGCAACACGGGGGUUUUCCAGUACAAUGGUCGGCAGCUCGAGCCGUGGCAGAUCACUACACAGGACUUUGGUAGUCGUUGGGGCACCUGUCCAUGCGAGAAGAAGACAAAGGUGAACCCGAGCGGUAUUCGCACGCUCGAGGAUUUCAUGGGUCGAAUGCACUUGUUUAAUGUGCACACCGUCGAAGCCAUCCCAACGACCAACGAAGCGAUUGCAGCUUGCCGUCUAAUAAACUCGGAGCAUGUAGGAUUGAUCCACGUGAAGGUCCGCAGUGGCGGCUUCGUGGACCUAACGGUUCGCACGGCUGACAUGAAUUUUACCGACCAGCUCCUUGAUGCAACGGCCCUGCGACUUAAAUAA